UGGCGCGACCGAGAUGUUUCCAGGCUCUGUUUCGUCAAGCAUACCCCUCACCGGACAAACUUUCUCAGCGCAAGCUUUGCGGAGACUACAGAUGCAGCUCCAACACGAGCUCCAAGACAUGCAGCCGCUGUUGUCCAGAGCUACAAAAGCCAUCCAAAACCAGGCCGUGGUGGAUCGAAGUCCCAAGUCUGCGAACGCGAUGGCCUCGCUGUGGAAGGUUUGCAGCACGUUCGAGUACGCACUGACGGAAGCUCGCAACCAGAUGCUGUCCAUAAUCCAUGAGUCCGCGCGUGGAUAUCACAACGGCGCCCUGGAGAUGGAGGAUGCGGACAGAUUUCUUCCCGAGGGCGUGAUCCCAGUUUUUGGCGAGGUCGUGCUUCCAGAAGCCAUGGAGAACUCUUCCAGGAAGUCGUGUGGCUUUCCCAACGUUUUCAGCCUGAUCUCCAAGACGUCGGGGCUCCAACAGUUGCGGAGGAAGUCGUGCCUCGCGGCCCAGUAUGCUGUUGGCUUGAAUCACAAGCUCCAGAAUCUCAAGGACCAGCCCAAGGCUUGGCAGACGUAGACAAGCAGCGUCCGUAUUGCCAAAAGCUCCUUUUCUUGUAUCAUACUUUGUGCUUCCUCCCAAGUUUCAAUCUGACUUCUUCGCCAGCA